AUGCUGGCCGCUCUGAAGCUGCUCAGGUGCCGCGGAUUUGCCUCUAUCAUCCAACCGGCUUUCAGACGAGGUCAAGCAGCGGUUACUGGAGCGUGUCGAUCUACGGACAAGCAACGUCACACUCGCAAGAUUUCUUUCAUUUCGCUGCAAGUGUGGCUCCAAGUGCGGGCGGGUUCGGCGGUCUCCGAACACUCAAAGCGCUACCCGCAGAUCCGUGAGCUUGUUCGCCAGGCAUGUUCACACGCUUUUGUUCGGACCAAGAGCGCUGUAUCGGGAGAGCCGUCUGGUCUGCUCACCCCGAUAGGUCUGCACCCGACUCACAGCCUGCAGCACAACACAACCUCGAGCAUCAAAGAUACGAGCAAUCGACGGAAUCUAUUAGGCAAGGUGAAUGAAAACUCGGAACGACAAUGA